UCUAACAGUCCUUGGAGUACUGAAUGGAUUGGUCCUUCUCCCAGUAUUACUUUCAUACUUUGGACCCUAUCCAGAGGUAUCACCAGCUGAUGGCCAUAGUCGGUUACCCACUCCAUCUCCAGAGGCUCCUCCUCGAGUGGUCCACUUCUCAGUUCAUCCUCACCAAACUGCAGGUGCCUCUACCACCUCUGGUGCAGCUACAGACUCCUCAGACUCAGAGUACAGCUCAAACACCAAUGCCUCUGGAAUUAGCCAGGAGGUGCAGAAUUACAACCUGCACUCCCAAAGAGGGCAAACUCAAUCAGAGGAGCAGCAGUACCAUCUCCACACCAGCAGGGGCAGAGCUGCCCAGAUGGAGGAGGAAAGAAGAGAGGGAUCAUGGCACAGGCGAUCACCCAGACAGCCUAAUCCCCCAGCCUAUACUGUGUCUUCAUCUUAUCCCUCUCAGGGUUGUGAUUCUGGGCUUCAGCAUGGAACGACUCAGCGAAACAGCAGCAGGAACCUCAGGAGCCAGCUUCACCGUCAGGUCCCACCCCCUGCUCGACUGCGCACGGACGCUUUUGAAACAUUUACUGAGGCCGGGGGCCAUCAUGGCUCACAAGGCCCCAGAGAACACUCAGCCGGCCACAGAGGCCACUCUUCCCACAACCCACAGCCUCAGCAUCAUCUCCCACACCAGCACACGAGCAACACCCCGUUCUGUCAACCCAUCACCACAGUAACAGCGUCUGCCUCAGUCACUGUUGCUGUCCACCCAGCCUCCUUCUCCACCCAAAGUCCAGCUUCCUCAUUCCCAGAAUACACUGCGGCAGACAGUUACUGCCCAACAGGGCCAGAGGAGCCUGAGGCAACCUUUCAGGACCCACAUGUACCAGUCUACACUCACACAGAGACCAGAGACUUCAAGGUGGAGGCCAUGGAGCUCCAAGACUUGGAGUUAGAGGCAGCUGAGAGCAGCAGUGGCCGACAGGCUAGCUGAGCUUUGGAGAACAGAAGCACAAUGGCCAA